AUGCCGAUAGGCCAGGGGUCAAGCCAACGAGGUCCUGUAAUUAGCUACCGUGAUAUCGUUACAAUAUACGACUUCGAAAAUUCUGUGUCUUUUGGAUUUCAAUCAUCACUGGGUGUCAUUACCAAUUGGUACUACAGUACUAUACCAAUGAAUAUCUUCAGUCAUGUUCUACAAAACUAUUUACACGGAUCAGGAAAUGUCUUGGAUGUUGCAAUCAGGGCAUACAAAGUUUAUUUGGUAGAAAGAAGCACAGAAUCUGCCAUAAACCAUGUUGCAUCUGACAGUGAGGCACUUCUGUUACCAUAUGCACUUUCUGGAUUUGAUCCUCAAGUCAAGUGUGCUGAACUGAAACUGUACUCUGCAUACAGUCCUGUCAAUGUCGUGUGUUGGAAGCGCGCCAUCUGCCUGGAAUUCAUUGGGAAGGUUCCACAGUUGCUGCAGUUUUUCAAGCCAGCAGCUUCAUGCUUAAUAUAUUCGGCGAGGCUUGAAUGGGAGAUUCAGGAGACGGUUUUACCCUGCGAAGGUGCCGUUGCGGGAUAUAUCAAAAUCUGGUGCUACAGAUUUGAUUUGGAGCAAUUGAACCAAGCAAUUCAAAUGAGUCUUUUCUGUUGCCUGAUUGUAAGACUGCUUCAGGCGCUCAACGACCGGGUGCGCACUAGGGACAUCGACGCCUCCAUGAGGUGGGCCGCCUCACCCGGGCCUCCGUGA